CAGCGACCCACUCCCACCACCAGAUCUUGCACGCGCCACGCGAGUCUUCGCACACGCCGUCAAAGUGUUCGCAUCAAUCUUCCGAAGGGCCACAUCGCCUCAAUACUUAUCUUUAUUCUCCGUGCCCAUUGCUGCUGCUGCUUCGCACAACCAGCGCGUAUCGCCUGUAGCGGGGCUCUCGACUGCUUCAAGUUUUUCAAAACCACAAGCGCGGAAUAUGCAUUCAAAACUAGUCAUCAUUGGCUCUGGGCCAGCAGGCCACACCGCAGCCAUCUAUGCGGCACGAGCCGAUCUGAACCCCGUCAUGUACGAGGGUUUCAUGGCUCUCGGCAUCGCAGCAGGCGGUCAAUUGACCACCACGGACGAAGUGGAGAACUUUCCGGGCUUCACAAAGAUUGGCGGAGGAAAGCUUAUGGAACAAAUGCGCGAGCAAUCCGAAGCCUGCGGCACCGAGAUUAUUUCCCAGACCGUUGCCAAGGUCGACCUCAAGGCCCGUCCCUUCAAGUACUGGUUACACCCCAUGGGCGAUGACGAGGAAAUCGAGGAGGAGGAGCACACGGCCGACGCCCUGAUCAUUGCGACCGGCGCAAAGGCAAGGAGGUUAGACCUCAAGGGCGAGGACAAGUACUGGGGCAACGGCGUGUCCGCAUGCGCCGUGUGCGACGGCUCGCUGCCCAUGUUCCGCGACCAGCCCCUCGUCGUCAUUGGCGGUGGAGACUCGGCAGUAGAGGAGGCUAUCUACCUCACCAAGAAGGCGAAGAAGGUGACGGUUCUCGUCCGACGAGACAAGCUACGGGCCAGCCGGACCAACGCCCGUCGGUUGACAACGCACCCCAAGAUUGAAGUCAUGUUCAACACGAGCGGUGUUGAGAUCAAGGGCGAGGACAAGCCCAACGGCCUCAUGACGCACCUGGUGGUCAAGAACAACGUCACAAAGGAGGAGCAGACACUGGAAGCCAAGGGCCUGUUCUACGCUGUUGGCCACGACCCCGCCACGGCGCUGUUCAAGGGCCAGCUCGACAUGGACGAGGACGGCUACCUGAUCACCAAGCCCGGCGAGGGCCUCACGAGCGUCGAGGGUGUCUUUGCCGCCGGCGACGUCCAGGACAAGCGGUACCGCCAGGCCAUUACCAGCGCGGGAUCCGGCUGCAUUGCUGCUCUCGAGGCCGAGAAGUGGCUUGCCGAGAAGGACGACAGCGUCACCAACGAGCUCGAGACGGAGACGCAGGCCGAGAAGUCGCAGACCAACGGCGUCGUGCCCGAGUACCGCUCCAACCCUCUUCUGUAAAUGAACUGCCCUGGUCCGUCCUGGGGUGGGAAACACACACAGACAUUUGAUUUGUUUAGUGCAUAGCUGAAAGAGGACAUGAUGGGGGGGAAACCCCAUGUCCUGUUAUAGAUCUCGGCAACAUGGCAGGAAAGCCUGUUCCGUUUCCUUUGCUAAGCUCGUUGCGGGUGGGAGCAUAUUGCAUAGAAUCUUUGAGCGGUCGAUUUAAGGGUUUUUAGAUAGACGAAACAUGUGGCAA